AAAUUAAAUAUGUUAAAUAAAUUACUAUCACUGUACCAUCAUCAAUGACGUGUCUUUGGCUUAAAUUCCUUGGAAAAUUGGUAGUAUUCUCUAUUUCUCCCCACUCUGCCAAAAAGCACCUCGCCUUAAAUUCACCAAAGUUGACGUGUCUUUCACAGUCCUACAUAGCCUCCCCUCCCUUUAUCUCUCUCUCUCUAUUCCUUCCACACACUGUGCAGCCUGAAGAAUCAGAUUAAGACGGAAGGGAAGAGGAAAAACCAAAAAAAAAAACAAGAGGAAAAUAAACACUUUCAGUCAACCUUUGCAUUAAACUCACGAACCAAGUUCUACAGUUUCUUUCUUUUAAUCUCUCUCUGUUUUUAUGACUCCUGGAGAAUCAAAAACCCUAUUUCUUACCUCUCACAGAAACUCCAUGAUCAUUCUCAUGAUGAUGAUGAUUCCACCGGCGUCUUCUUCUUCUUCUUCAGCUCCUUCUCAGCCACCCCAUCUUGGCGUUCACCGCUGGGCCCCAUCUGCUUCUCCGGCACCGGCCCCUUCACCGUCCACCCCUGCCCCCGCUCUCCUUGCGGUACCUGUCGGCAAACCAUCACCUCUGCCCUCUAAGUUGUCGGUUGACUUCAGCCCACCGCUAAUUGCAAUGGUGGUCGUCGUUGCCGCCGCCUUCAUCGUCGUCACCUAUUCCCGCCUCAUCUCCCGCCACCUCGUGCCUCCGAUAACCCGCCUUGCUCGCCGGUGGCGCCGCCGUAGGCGACGUUCCUACCCACCCUCCUCCUCCGGCGACCUCGACUCACUUCCUUAUGAUUCUCCUUUUGAGCCGAUUGAUGGGCCUCACAUGUUCUCCCCUUAUGGUCUCGACGAGUCCAUCAUCAAGACCAUACCGUUUUCCCUCUACACCGCCAAAUCCAAGGAUCAAUUCGAAGAGUCUCGACGCGAUUGCGCAGUUUGUUUGUUGGAGUUCGAAGACGAUGAGUACGUCCGAACGCUGCCUUUUUGUUCUCACACUUUUCACCUGGAUUGCAUCGACGUUUGGCUCAGGUCGCACGCCAAUUGCCCCCUGUGCCGCGCCGGAGUUUUGUGCGCAGAGUCCCCGUUCACGCCAAUGAUGGCAGCGAGGAUUCGACCGAGCCUCGACGACGACACGAUUUUGCAUAGAAUCAGUAUGGACCCUAUGGUCGAAGCUCCAUCGCCAGUGGCUCAUUCUCUGGUGUCAGAGAUCACUCCUUGCAACGAAGAGCAAUCACCGAGAAGGAACCACGCGAAUCCGGAGGACGAUCGAUUCAACGGCGGUCGUGAUUUCCUCCUGAAGCGAUCCUACUCGUUCGGAUUCGAACGGAGCUUGGCGUCAGAGAGAAUGGUGAUGGAGCCGGCGACGGCGUCGCCGUGGCGGUACCACCGAAGGGGAAGCAGCAGCAGCUUCUGGAGCAAAAGGCCGUCACCGUUCGGAUCGUUGGGAAAGUCCAGAGUGUUCUCCUUCAGAUACUACAGAGGGAUGAAGUCGCCGUUCUUCCGGAGGCGAGGGUUCUUUCCUCUGUCGGAAUCAAGCAUAAGAUCAUACAACGGAGGAGGAGGAAGCUCGUCACGGCGAAGCAAGUCAAUCGCAAGCCCGAUGUUCCUGAGAUCGUCAGCAGCCUUGGCGGCGGCGGGAGCAGCAGCUUUCUCGUCGAGCCGGCUGAGGUGCGGCGACCCGGAGGCAUUGCUGUCACCGGAGAGAUACAACAGGAGAUAAAAGAAGGAAAAGGAAGAAGUGGGAAUUAUUUUUUGUAACUUUUUGGGU